CGCCGUGGCGGCAGGCCGCCAUUUUGUGAGUCUAUAAAUGCUUGUAGCGAGACUCGCUAGUGAUUCCGCGAACCUGAGAGUGCCAUGGACGGACGCUUGGAGACAGAUUUGUAUCCUCUGGGAUCCAGCUACGUCACUGACAUUGACGGUGUCCACGAUAUAACAGUCGGCACAAAGAGAGGAUCCGACGAACUCUUUUCCUCCUGCGUCUCUAACGGUCCCUAUAUCAUGAGUUCAGGAGCAGCGAACGGGAACGACAGUAAAAAGUUUAAAGGAGACGUGCGGAGUCCCAGCGCCCCCUCUCGAGUCAUCCACGUCAGAAAGUUACCCAGCGACAUCAACGAGGCCGAGGUGAUCUCGCUCGGACUUCCUUUCGGCAAGGUCACCAACCUGCUGAUGCUCAAGGGCAAAAAUCAGGCGUUUCUGGAGAUGAACACUGAGGAGUCUGCUCAGACGAUGGUGAACUAUUACUCCUCCGUCACGCCGGUCAUCCGCAAUCAUCCCGUCUUCAUGCAGUACUCCAACCACAAGGAGCUGAAGACCGACAACUCACCCAAUCAAGUGCGUGCCCAGGCAGCCCUGCAGGCGGUGAACGCAGUUCAGACGGCCAGCGUGCCCCUCAGCGGGGUGGAUGCUGGAGGAUCCGGCAGUCAGAGUCCUGUACUGAGGGUGAUUGUGGAGAACCUGUUCUAUCCUGUCACACUGGAGGUUCUUCACCAGAUCUUCUCCAAGUUUGGCACGGUCCUAAAGAUCAUCACGUUCACCAAAAACAAUCAGUUUCAGGCUCUGGUCCAGUACUCGGAUGCUAUGACUGCUCAGCACUCUAAGCUGUCUCUGGAUGGACAGAACAUUUAUAAUGCUUGCUGUACGCUGAGAAUCGGCUUCUCCAAACUCACCAGCCUGAACGUCAAGUACAACAAUGAUAAGAGCAGAGACUACACACGGCCCGAUCUGCCCACAGGAGACGGCCCCUCCUCGCUCGAACCUCAGACUCUCACCAGUGCCUUCACUCCUGGGUUGAUCUCUGCAUCUCCGUUUGCGAGUGCUCACGGUUUCCCUCCAGCGUUCACCCUCCAGCAGGCUGCAGGUUUGUCUCUUCCCGGCGUUCCCAGCGCGUUGGCGUCUCUGGGUGUUCCUACGGCGGGUCGACUCUCUCUGGCUGGCCUCAACACCGCCGCACACGCCGUCCUGCUCGUCAGUAACCUGAACCCCGAGAGCGUUACGCCCCAAUGCCUCUUUAUUCUUUUCGGUGUGUACGGCGAUGUGAUGAGAGUGAAGAUCCUCUUCAAUAAGAAAGAGAACGCUCUGGUGCAGAUGGCAGACGCAACACAAGCACAACUCGCGAUGAGUUAUCUGAAUGGACAGAAGCUCUAUGGGAAGGCUCUGCGUGUGACCUUGUCCAAACACACCACCGUGCAGCUUCCCCGAGAGGGACACGAGGACCAGGGACUCACUAAAGACUUCUCCACCUCUCCUCUACACCGCUUUAAAAAACCUGGCUCCAAGAACUACUCCAACAUCUUCCCUCCGUCCUCCACCCUCCACCUGUCCAACAUCCCACCCUCUGUUGGUGAAGAUGAUCUUAAAGGGCUGUUCAGAAGUUCAGGAGCCACAGUGAAAGCCUUCAAGUUUUUUCAGAAGGACCACAAGAUGGCGCUAAUCCAGUUAAGCUCAGUGGAGGAGGCCAUUGAGUCUCUCAUUGAGUUCCACAACCACGAUCUUGGUGAAAACCAUCACCUCCGUGUCUCCUUCUCCAAAUCCACCAUCUGAGACUCGCAUGCAGGGUUAAACACCACACACACACAAUCACGUGCACACACACACACUUCAUCAUUCCUUGUUCUAAUUAUACACAGACCUGAACAAACCCAAUAUUUUCAUUUGGGUUUUAUUUGUAAUCUUUUUAUUUCCUCGCACACUUAAUCUUCUGGUGCAAAAACAAGAAAACGUGAUUAUCAUGUAUCUAUAUACAUUAUAUAUAUAUAUAUCUCUAUACGCUGAUCGUCUUUCUGCAGGAUUCUGGGAAAAUAUUUCUUCUUUUUGCAAUCAUAGAUGCUGCCUGGUUCACACUUAGUGCCUACACACACAUGCGCACACGCGUGCACACACACACACGCGUGCACACACGGCCACUUUGAAUUUUUAAAUAAUUAUCCUUUCUGCCUUUCAAAAAAAAAAAAAAAACAGUGCCUUAUAUGGUCACUUCCUGUUAGACCGGAACACUCGAUUUUUCUUCCUGAUAAAUCCACUUAAAGCCUUAUUGGGUUUUUAUAAAAGAAAAAAAGAUUCAAAUCAGGUUUAUUUGCAUAUCAGGUUCCUCCCCAUGCAGUAAUUUAUUCUUUAUUUCUGUUAUUUGGCUAUUAUAUAAUUUGACUGGUGUAGAAUGUUGGCGAUUUAUAAACGUGUGAAUUCUCUUCUGUUUGGAGGGCGUGUGUGUCUCUCAGCCGGACAGCACACGAUUGGUUAUAAAGCAGGUUAAUUUGCAUAUUUGUAUCCUUAUUUCCUUUUAUGGUAUAAAGAAUCUUUUAUAUUCUAGAAGCUAGAUUAUUUUUCUUGUGUGUAUGGAGUCACCACUUCAGGGUUUUCUCAUAGUUGUGAUUGUGAACAAUUUUUGGGUUUGUGUAUUAAUUAUUAAUGUUUGUGUAUAAGACACGCCCCCUCCUUGUUAGCAUAUAUUGGCAUAUUAAGAGUCAUGUGACGUUGAGGCUUUUUUUUUAUUAUUCUGAUUAUAGUUCUGUGCUAGAACCAUGUUCCUGACUGAUUUAAGGGACAGAGAUGAGUUUAUAUCCCGUUAUUCUUAUUUUUCAGAGUUGAAGGAAAAAAGUGCCUUAAAUUCAGCCAAGUGAUUUAUUAAUUACUGAAUAAUGUGAUUAAUUGAAUCACAUGAUUUAUUUUUCUAUUCACGGAUCAGUUAAAAACAUUUUUGUAAAAUAAACGGAAGAGUCGGGACUUCAUUCAUGGCUCAUUUGCAUAAUUCUGAUCAGGACCAAUCACAAGCCCAUUUUGCCUUCUAGAAUAAAUUUGAAUAAGAGAGGAUUAAAUUUGAGUGUUUCUGGGAAAAUGUUUGGAAUUGAUCUUCUAUAUUGUAGCUUGAGAUGGAUAAAUGUAGCCUCGUCCUGGUAGUUCACCUCGUUAUUAAUGUUAUUUCUUCACGAUUCUCACCCACACGUGCACUCGUGCAGAUUAGUGAUGUAUUUCUGCACUAAUGAUUUAUUUUGACUCCCUCAAACACGGACCUCCACAACAGACACCUUCUUCCAUCCUCUUAAUGUCUUAAACAAACCUGAAUUGGUUCUUGGGCACUUUGUGGUUAUAAACCAAGUUAACGUGAGAUGUUGACGUUUUCACAUUCCUGUUUAUACAUCAUUUAUUUACACUUUUUUACACCAAACACCCAGACAUCAAGUUUUACUGCAAACUCGAGUAAACGAAGAGGCUCCAGUGUCUGUUUAAGCCACGCCCCCCUACCUGAGUCAGGUACUGGUACAGGGCACUAAUCUGUAGGCUUUUAGAGGUGACACUGUACCUCCAUCAUUUACUCACAUUCCUGUUCCACACACACCUCGAUUUUCUCUGGAGGCCUUUAAAUCGAACACACAGACCAAAACAAACAGUCUUAAAAGUGGUGCGUUCCAGACCACGUUCCAGGUGUUUUCCACUCCUGCUGUUGUGGAACGGCAGACUCCCGCCCUUUUCUUUCCUGUCUUUAUGUAUAUUUUGAUAAACGGAUUUGUAGAGCGUUUGUUUUGUAUUUACACAGAAUAUUAAAGAUGUUCCAUCA